AUGACGACACUAGAUCCAUCGUCUAUGGCUGCGCUAUCCCACAUGAUCGCGGAAGCCCUAAAAACAGCCAUCGGAUCAGCGGCAGGGGAAGCACGCCAAGAUGCAACACCCUCGACGUCACGGGCACCGUCAUUUUCUCAUCCAGCUUAUCGCACCACCGAAGGGACCGUCUGCGACUAUUUCGACCGAAUGGAAUGGGCCCUGCAGCUGAACGGUAUCCCUACCGAAAAGUAUGCCGAUUACGCGAGAGUCCACAUGGGAGCCGAGUUAAACAACGCGCUAAAGUUCCUGAUUGCACCGAAACUACCGCAAGAGAUUCUGUACAAGGAUCUCCGGAAAACGCUCGAAACGCAUUUUGACAAACAGCGCAAUAAGUUUGUCGAAAGCAUCAAGUUCCGGCAAAUUACGCAGCAGCAAGGAGAAAGCAUCGCACAAUUCACACUACGCCUGAAGCAGGGAGCUGCUCAUUGUGAUUACGGAGAGUUCUUGGACCGCAUGCUCAUCGAACAAUUGCUACACGGACUAAUGGAACGUGGUAUUUGCGACGAGAUUAUCGCAAAGAAUCCAGUAACAUUUAAAGAUGCAUGUGAGAUCGCCAGCACGCUGGAAGCAACACACAACACCGCGCAAGAGGUUAACGCAGGGAUGCCGUCCGUCGAAUCAACGAAUAAGUUGGGUUACGAGCAGCCGAAGACAAAGAAGACACCUGCAUCUCGUGCUACGUCGAAGCCCAGCAAGUCAACGCGGCGAGAAACGUCCCAAGACGAUGAUUUCAAGCACGUCCUUACGCUAAACACUGUUACACAUGGUCUCAUCCGACCGACCAGAGCAGUGUAUGGAGCCGCCAAUAUCCCAGCAAUAUGGCAAAGGCGUAUGGAAAGCGUUCUGCAAGACCUAAACAAUGUGGUCAAUUUUUACGACGACAUAAUCGUAGCCGCAGCCAAUUUCGACAACCUGCUCGAAACCCUCAAAGGUACACUUCAGAAACUGAAAGAUAACGGACUCCGGCUUAACCGAGCGAAAUGUGUAUUUGCUGUUCCUUCGUUAGAGUGUCUUGGUCACAAGAUCGAUCGCCAUGGGUUGCACAAAUCCGACAAACACAUUGCCGCAAUCCGUGAUGCUCAACGUCCAAACACCCCGGAAGAGCUGCAGUUAUUUUUAGGCAAAGCUACCUAUUACAGUUCGUUCAUUCCGAACCUUUCAACACGAGCUCGUAGCUUACGUGAUUUGCUCACAGCGCAGACAUUCGAAUGGAAUGACGACGCGGAUGAAGCCUACCAAGAUAUUAAGGAAGCGCUAAUCUCACCGCAAGUCUUGGUACAAUACGAUCCUACACUUCCCGUCAUCUUAGCCACGGAUGCCAGCAAAACCGGUUUGGGAGCCGUACUAUCACACCGAUUGUCUGACGGAACGGAACGCCCCAUAGCUUAUGCUAGCUGCACGAUGUCCAAAACAGAGCAAAAGUAUCCGCAGAUAGACAAAGAGGCGUUAGCAAUCGUGUGGGCAGUGAAAAAGUUCUUUCACUAUUUGUAUGCACGUAAAUUUACUUUAGUGACGGACCAUAAACCGCUAACACAAAUUCUACACCCCGAGAAAUCCCUUCCAACGUUGUGUAUUAGCAGAAUGGCGAAUUAUGCUGACUACUUGGCACACUUCAACUUCGAUGUUGUAUUCAAGCCUACAAAUCUCAACACGAACGCUGACUACUGUUCGAGAAUUCCGAACAAUUCUAAUGUCAACCAAUUCAAAGACGAGGGAAGAAGCUCAGGCGACGAUUUUGAACAAUUUGCGCAUGUCCAAAUCGAACAACUGCCAGUAAGAGCAGAGCACAUUGCUCGAGAAACACGCAAAGAUCAUCACCUAGGAAAAAUCCUUCAACACCUUGAGCAAGGUCAAAACCUCGGACAAUAUGGAUACAAAGCACCCGAAUCGAAGUACACAAUCGCAGCCAACUGUUUACUCUUUGAGCACCGAGUAGUCAUACCAAGCACACUACGUCAAGCCAUUCUUAACGAUUUGCAUGUGGCACACUUCGGCAUCGUUAGGAUGAAAGCCUUAGCCCGAUCAUAUGUCUACUGGCCCGGCAUCGACGCCGAUAUAGAGAAAACAGCUAAGGAGUGUCACGCAUGUGCUCGUUAUGGACCAACACCUCCCAGGUUCGACAGCCAUCACUGGGAGUAUCCGAGUGCUCCCUGGGAGCGCAUCCAUAUUGACGCUUUUAGUAAAUGGGUCGAAGUCAAGCCCACAAACACUAUAACUUCAGCAGCAACAAUUAAAAUUCUAGACGAACUCUUUGCAACGUAUGGAGUACCGAUCACCGUAGUAUCCGAUAACGGUACUCAGUUCACCGCAAAGGAGUUUAAAGAGUUCCUGCAAAAGAGUGGAGUCAAAUAUCACAAACUCACCGCACCUUACCACCCAGCGACCAAUGGACAAGCCGAACGUUAUGUUCAAACGGUGAAAAAUGGUCUCAAAGCUAUGGGAACAACAAGCGCUAACCUCACACGCAACUUAAACACAUUCCUACAGCAUUUCCGUAAAACUCCACACGCCGAGACAAAAGACUCUCCAGCCAAACUGUUUCUUGGACGAAACAUUCGUACUCGACUCGACCUCGUGAGACCACAAGCUGUUCACGCCAGUGUCUCCGAAAGACAAAAAGCCCAGUUCCGGCCUGCGUUUCGAACUUUGCCACCUGGACAGUCCGUCUACGUACUAUCAGGCAACACGCGCAUGGACAAGUGGAUUCCGGCUACCAUCUUCGCCCGAUUGGGAGACCUACAUUACGAUGUGUUGUACAACGGUCAACAUUUGAAACGGCACAUUGAUCAAAUUCGACGGUUUGAAAAUAAGACCAACGAUGAAGAAGAAAGUUCUUCAGCUGCAAACGCACCACCGGUUGCAACGACUACCACAUCGACACCACUAGCUGUAUCUUCAAGUACCGCUACUAGAAGGCUUCGUUUCUAUGGCCACGCAGCACCGUCAGCCCCAGCAGAACCAGAGCAGGUCGUAACAGCUGAUAACGAUUUGGAGGAUGAGACCUUCUCAAUACCACCUUCCAGCCCACAACCACCAGGUAACGUGUCAACAACUUUGCGUCGUUCGACCAGACUCCGGCAGCCUCCCAAGAAAUUUUCUCCCUAG